AUGAGAGAAGGUAUCGAUGCUGGAGGAAGAGGAAACGAGGUCGUCCAAAAUGCGCUUUCCGGCCAGGCGUCUGAUGAUCAGGCGCAAAGUUGCCCGAAGUCGCUGCUCCAGAAUAUCAAGAACCUGCCAGAGGGCUACCUACGAGCUCUGGUCAGAUGUCCUUUGUGCUUCUUUCUGCUGAUGCAGCUGCUUGUGGGCGUCCUAGUGGGCGCUUGCUGGCGGAGUGGCGAUUUGAACACCGACUUCAGCGACUUCCUCCGCGCCAACACUGGCGCGUCCUUGCGUUACGAUGCCAUGCAACAGGCGUGGCAGGCCUUGGCGCCACCAUCAGGCCGACGACUACAAUCUGGCACGAUGGGAUAUAGGCACACUUUGGCUACUUUGGCUUACUAUAAAGAGGAUGGAGGCAACCUCCUAGAGGAGCGCAGCCUUUUUGCCAUCCUCAGCUACGAGAGGAAGUUGCAGGCGACUGCUCAGUGGCAGUUCUUCUGCGGGAAUGAGAUCGUGAGUGUCAGUCAGGCUCCGGCUCCCACAGUGGCGGCCGGCAACGGCACCAACGAGACGGAGACGGAGAGCAUCAGGACUCAGCAGAUCAGCUGUGCACCUGGCGAAUCCCUGGUGAACUACAUUUGGCCUUCCUACGACAGUCCUAGUGGCAUCUCCGUCGGCCCGGCGGAGCGGCAGCAGCUGGUCAUGGACGGCUCGGGCUCGCGGUUCUUCCCGGUGGAGGCCGUGGUGUCAGCGCUGCGCGAUGGCGUAGACCGGCUCCCGGCGACCUUGGCUCGGUUGGGCCGUAUCUUUCCGAAGGACUUUGUGGUGCCGGAGGGAGGAGAGGCUCCCCACACGGACACGCUAAGGUCUUUCUUCCUCUUCAGCCAGAGCUAUGGUCCUGAGGGAUACUACGACUCGGCUUCCGCUGCCAAUGCCGCGCGGAAGCAGUUCCAUGGUGGGGACUUACACCAGCUUUUGCGGCAGCAAGACGAAGAUCUCAAGGAUCUGCCGCAUUGCGGAUGGUCGGCAGCUGUGGUGGCAGUGGCACUGCAAGCAGCCGCUGAGCUGAAAAUUGACAGCUACGGUCAACAUCUCCAGGAGAGGACUCUCGCCCAGAUUGCGCACAUUGAUCGAAGGGGUCUCUCGCGAGCCUCCCUUUCCGCCACCUGGCUGGAAGGACCUCAUGGAGCCACCACCGCUGAGGCGGGAAGAGUGAACAGCCAGUUGUCCCAGCCGCAGCUGUCGCGGGUGUAG